AGUGAAUGGCAAGUUUGUAUAAUUAUUGUAUUGUAUAUUUAUGUAUACUAUGUGUAUGUGUGUAUAAAUGUGUACUGUUUCUCAUUAUAUGCCUCUGGACGUUUGAAUCAGAUGUAGACGUCGUGGAGAGCAGCUUGUUGGUUGGAAUAUUGUUUUUAUUAGGAAAGGGCUAUUUUAUUCUAUUUUUGUAAAUUGUUUUGUUUUUGUUACGCUGACCAGCUACUGGAUUUUGGUCAGUGUAAUUCCAAAGAAUAUAUAUUGUUUUGUAUUUGUUUGUAAAUAGUGGAAAAUAAAGUAUUAUUAUUAUUAUUAUUGAUUAGAUAAAAACACUUCAAAUGCGCUAUUUGAUAUAAAAAAAUCUAUCUCAAGCCAAAUCACUGAAAAGAGACGUAUUCUGGUCACCUUUUUAGACUUAGCUAAAGCUUUUGACUCAGUUGAGAGAUCUAAGCUAAUUUUCAAGUUAGACAUGGUUGGCGUAAAAAAUAAAUCAUUAGAGUGGUUUAAGAGUUAUUUUCAAAAUAGACGACAAAUGGUUUCCAUUAAGGGAAUAUGUAUUAGUGAUUUUAUCGAGGUACCUUAUGGAGUUGUACAGGGGAGUACACUAGAGCCACUCUUAUUUUUAAUAUAUUAUAUUAAUAAUAUCUCUAAACUUGAACCAAAAGGUAAAAUAAUUUUGUUUGCUGAUGACACGGCCGUGGUUUGUUAUGGCUGCACUUGGGAUGAAGCUUAUUCGAACGAAUCCGAGGUCAGCAGGCGUAAAAGAUUGGUUUGAUCACAAUUCUUUAACUGUCAAUAUUAGUAAAACAAAAUCUAUGCCUAUAGUUUGUACCGUAAUCAUACCGAAGCUCUGUAUGCCGAAUGUCCAGUGUUAAAUGUUAGGCAGUUAUAUAUUAAAAAACUGUAUUAUUAUAAUCAAAAUUAACAAGACCGAAAUUUUGUCUGAUAUACGACAUAGCUACACAACGAGACACCCCUAGGCUAAGUCAUAGUUCGGAACUUGUUAACUCAUUUUAUCUUGCUCAAAUUAUCUCUAGAAACUUCCCCGAGGAAUUAAAGAAAGAGAGAGAGUGGCAGUGUGGCUGUUUCCAAACGAAGGGUGAGUCGGCGGUUAUACCGCAUUGGCUGGGAGACUGCUGAGAGGCUGUUGCGUUCUCCUUAUAUUUAAAUAAUUUGAUAAGUGCCUAGGAACAUUGGCUGCAUUAUGUAUUCUGACGGAAAGUCUAAAUUAAAGUUAUUUUAAAUGGUAAAAAUGAUUUUUAUUCGAUUAUUUCAGUACAGACCUAUAGUCUUUGGGGGGAAUAUUCCCCAGUUAAACCUUCUGUAAUUUGUAAAUUUAAUCAUAUAUCUUUUGGAAUUAACAUAUUUUGAUUUGAUUUGUUCUGCAUAUAAAAGGGCAUACGGGUAACAGUAGUUGUACUAAAUGUACAAUCGAAGGUGACUAUGUGGAACGAAGAACUUGUUUUCCUUUUCAAAAGAAAUUAUUCUCAGGAGUGAUGAGGAUUUUAUGUCUCAAAAGGAUGAAGACUUCCGUGUUGGUACUUCAAUUUUGACAGAAAUUCCAAAUUUUAACCCAGUACAAAAUGCACCUAGUAUGUCUAGGUGUAAUCAAAAAAUUAUUAGGAUUAUGGCUGUCUGAGCCAUUAUCUGUCAGGGUGCCGGGAUUUCAUGUACGAGUAAUUUCUACCAUAUUAAAAUCUUUAAAAAAAACUCUGUACCCAUAGAAUUCGCAAGAAAACCUAGAGAAUUAAAUUACUGGAAGCGGUGGAAAGCAACUGAACUUAGACAAUUUUUACUAUACACCGGGCCUUUCGUCUUGCGGAAUUUCUUAAAAGAAAAUGUUUACGAGAAUGUUUUAUGUCUGUAUGUUUCUAUAUAUAUCUAUUGGCUGGUCCAAAAUAUUCACCAGACCUUGAAAAUUAGAUUUAUGCCCAGUUACAACUCUUUUAUUUUUCAGACUUCCGACAAGAAUAAAACUGACGAGGAAGGUGAAUUCAAUUUAUUAGGAAAAAAGAGGAUUUGUGGAAUAGAUUUUCAGCGUGUUUAAAUAAUGAACGAACAAGAUUCUUCGAUAUAUCCGCACCUGUACGUUGCCAACACGAUCGAUCUUCCACAAGAAUACUUCACCGGAGGAUUUCUACAACAGGACCCCGUCAGUCACUUGGAACGACCGGAAGAGUACGUCCCGCAACUGAGUAAUAUGGAAGACCACUACCAACAACAACCGUCGUCUUCCACCCACGUGUUCGCCAAUCCCAUGGACCGCCACGGGUGCAUGGUGGAAAGCGUAUGCCGGUUGCGGUGGAAAAAAAUCUCGAAAAACGACAGACCACCCACGGCCGUCACGGGAAACGAGCACUCUGACGGAGGAGAAGAGGUCCAGUCGCCGGUCGCCCCUACCGACACCCGUGACAACAAUCGUAAGGGGUCCGUCGGGAAGAGGAGAAAGCGGGCAUCUUCGAGGUCUUCCUCGUCGUCUUCCGAACGAUCGUCGUCGCCCCUGAGGAGUGGUAGCGACGGACGGAAGAAGACUAAGGAGCGGCGUUCAAGAAGUAAGCGCCGGUCACAGCCCCCCCAGUCGGUCUCCUACAGCGACGCGUCCCCGAGAGUCUCCCGAGAAGCGUGGCAACCCUACGCCGACCCGCCCACAGCACCCGCCGACCCGCCCACAGCACCCGCAGAAAAGACACGCGGUAACCAAGGGUCUCAACAACGAUCUCUUCGAGUCCAUGCGCCACAAGAUGCCGGAGUCCGCCUCCAGAGCCGCCUCACUCGUCUCCGAAAUAUCAUCGGUCUCCACAUCGAAGAGGCGCUCACCGGCGCCGUUCGUCCUGGGGGAUUUCGUUCCUAAACAUUUGCAAGGCAAGGAGGUAUGCACAAAAACCAUAUGUGCGAUUCAAACCUUGCGGAACGUAAAAAGGAGGGACCGCAUCGAGGCGGUGAGACUCAUAGUCCACGUGGCACCCUAGCCUCUCGGCGGACAAAACCAAGAACAACAACAACCACCUCUCCCGCCCAAUUACCCGUGUUUCGACCACUACUGUUACCUGUUCUCCGGUGAAGAAAAAUCCUUCGGUUACAACUACCAGAUCCCUUGAGUCCCUCAGAAAAUCAACAUUGAAGUCGCCACACACUAUGAGACUGUUAAAACCCCGAGCAUGACCAUCAACAAGCGAUUCAAACGCAUCAAUGAAAGAAUCAAUGCUGGAACUAGGAGAUCGGUACACUGCAGCCACCACAAUCCUAUCAGAAAAAGCAAGCUUAAUUGUGACAGCACAACAUUCAAAACUGAAAGGUACACUAAGGUCACAAAGUCGAGAUUCAAAGCUAUACUGCAGCUAUACGAGAUUGGUAGGCCUGGCCUAGUUAAGAUUGAUAGUACAAUUAAUGUUCUCCGUAAAAUUCUUUAUUUUAAAAUGUAAACAACAGUCUAAGCGAAUCUUUAUAUAGUGCGGGCAACAGGCUGAGUGCUUCCGGUUUCCGUGAUAACAUAACCGCUGCAGCACGUGAGUGAGUUGUUUGAAUAUUGAAGACUCUUGUGAUUCACUUUCUAAAAAUAGGCCUCUUGAUAACGGCAAACAACAAGGUCACGUUCAACGACAACCAGAUUCGCGCAUGCGCACAAGCGACCAUUUUUGCCAACAUUGCGAAUCUAAUAUUCCCAACUCACCUGAUCAUUCCCACUAAGAGCUAGCCGGUGGCCAGUUGAUAACAACGUUUUCAUCUACGCCUUCAAUCCGUGGAUGCACUUACCAAUCGCUACUGCACUGCACACUGCAUUGCUGCUAGUGAGGGCGCUAAUAAUAUUACUGAUUUCAGCUGACUUUAGCUGUAAUCGAAAACUUAACCUUAAAUAUAUAUAAUAUAAUUUUAUUACACGGACAAGAUCCAAAUGGACUUUAAUAUUGAAUUGACGAAAAACGGAAAAAACCGUUUAUUACAUUUUAAAAAUCACAAGUAUAGAGAAGCCUACUCAAUUUAAAAAUGGGGACGUAAUAUGGGGCAUCAAUUAAAACAGAUGCCAAUAAAUCAUCUAUAUCCAUAGUAAAAAGCACGCACAGUGGUCCACACCCUGUAACAAUGCGGUCCUUCCCUUCUCCAGAACAGCAAAGAAAGACACUCGACGCUAUCACAACUCCUGCUAAGGAGGUCGUGAGCCCUUGUACAACAGCUUGUGCGUCGCCGCCUCGCCCAUCCGUAUCUCCCGCACCUGCUCUAUCGGCUUCAACGCCUACGCCUCUCACAUCUGAUGCCCACACUUCCGAGCAACCAACGACAAACAGAAGACCUGGAAGCUGAGAAUUGCACAACUCAAGAAGCGAAUAGAAGACCUUAGUUUUUCAGACCACACAAUCAAAAAAUGAUGCCCGUCUUCUCCAAUAUACCAGUGAGAGAUCUUCUCGACCAACACUUCGGAGAGUGUCAAAACAGUCAUUGGAAACACGGAGACAUCUCAGGAAACACCAGCAACACUAAAAGAUUGCUCUGUACAUUGUGAUCCUGUAUCAACCAACUACGAACGAAGCGCAGAAGAUA